AAGCUCGUCCGGUCAUUUGUAAUCUCUUACGGAGAGACUAACCUUUGUCAGAUAAAAUAAUUUGGCUUGCUGGACACAGCUGUCAUCAGCCUCAGGCAAGACUGGGAUCUCUUGUCAUGAUGCAGUUUAAUCAAAGCAAUUGUUAAACUUAAAAUUAAACAAGCUUUCGCUUUUGCUGCUCGUCAUUAUCACCCUGCAUCUGGUUCUUGCACAUAUCUAUUUUCAUUUUCACCGUCGCCAAAAGCAGCAUUUGUCUUCCACCCUUACAAUCCAUUUGCAAUCCCUAAGGAAUAUUCUGUCUCAUUUUCAUCAACAAAAAGCGAGGCAUCAUCGAAUGUGCUGGAACGACCUCCUCAAUAUUUGACGAUUCUAGCAGUCAGAUAUCGAUAAAUGACACGACACUCAAUGACAUUUGACCACCAAACGCUUCGUUCACCCAGUGAAAGAACACCAGUUUCAGGUCUCUCUGUAUCGUCAAUGGUGGUCAACGAUCUAAUAAUUAAGACACGUAUCGUUGUAAGCAUCCGUGUUCUAAAAAUGGUGUUGCGGGAAAGAGUCUUAUGGAUAUGACAAAGUGCAUCUAACAACAUUAACUCAUCAAACGUUAUUUUUUUUUAUAAACUCGGCCCAGACGUAGUAGCACCGUGGGAAGCACGAAAAUUGACGACGUAUUAUUCAAAUCAUUAAGAACUGACUUAACGAGUGUGAAUGCUGCUUGCAUUAGAGAUGCAUCGAUGAUUGAGUACAAUGCAGCGAUGUUUCUAUCUGAUGCGUAUUGAAACUACUACAUGCUCGUCAAAGAAAAACUUAUCAAAUUGAAAGUUCCCAAAACUAUAUUUGAAGCGCUCUUUGUGAAAUGAUGAGCUUCAUUGGUGAUGAUUAAUUAGUCGAAGAGAAACCUGGACUACCAACAAGAUUCCCACGAUACAUAGUAUCUGAUUUUGGCUUCCUCAAUCUGAGUACAAUCGGUGAAUGUAUUGCAUCCGUAUCAUCAACGAAUCUAUCUAUCACGUAUUUUUGACGCAUAUCUUAACGAAUUUAUUGCUCUGUCAUCAUAGAAGUCGUACGCAGAAUAAUAGUCAAAAUUGUCAUGAGCGGAUCAUUAGGCAGGUCGUGCAUCUAAUUCUCAAAUAUCUAGUUUUCAGCCUUAGGUCUCACUCCAUUUUAAGCUUGCGGCAAGAUUUUAGUAGUCUGGACAUUAUCGAAGAGGGAGUGACCAGCCAGCACUUUCAAAACUUCAAAAUAUUGGUAUAUAAAGAAGCUCAAUGCAAUAGAUCAGCCACUUUCCUUUUACUUUCACAUAGACUUCUUAUCGUCAUGGUCGAGCAAUUAUUCAUUUGCAUCUUUCUCAGGUUGCGCAACCAAAUUCUAGGAACGGCUUGUACAGGGAGACGUGCGAGAUGAGCUUUUUGAAAUCUUAUCAGCUAUGGUAGUCUUGAUGCUCUAUUGACCGAUGUAAAUGCACGAGCAAAUUGUUGCUCUCUUUCGACCGAUUAUAUUUCGACUUGAAAUACCUGUGCGCCUCUC